AUGACUAGAGCAAACCAUUCUGCAGUGUCUGAAUUUGUGUUGCUGGGGCUCUCAAAUUCCUGGGAGAUCCAGGUUUUCCUUUUUUUCUUUUCUUCUCUGUUCUAUGUAUCCAGUUUGACAGGAAACUUCAUCAUAGUUGUUACAGUCACCUCUGACCCCUACUUGCAUUCGCCCAUGUACUUUCUACUGGCCAAUCUCUCUGUUAUUGAUCUUAUAUUUUGUUCCAUUGCAGCACCCAAAAUGAUUUAUGAUCUUUUCAGAAAGCAGAAAGUCAUCUCCUUUGGAGGAUGUAUCAGUCAGAUUUUUUUUAGUCAUGCAGUUGGUGGCACUGAGAUGGUGCUGCUCAUAGCCAUGGCCUUUGACAGGUAUGUGGCCAUAUGCAAACCAUUACGCUAUCUGACCAUCAUGAGCCCACGGAUGUGCCUGCUAAUAUCAGUUGCUGCUUGGAUCAUUGGCCUCAUCCAUUCAUCGACCCAGUUGGCUUUCAUUAUAAACUUGCCAUUCUGUGGCCCUAACAUACUAGACAGCUUUUAUUGUGACAUACCACGACUCAUCAAGCUUGCAUGCACAGAUACUCAUAAACUGGAGUUCAUGAUUACUGCCAAUAGUGGAUUCAUUUCCUUGAUUGCGUUCUUUUUACUUAUUGUCUCCUACGUCUUUCUCCUCACCACUGUCCAGAAGCAGUCCUCAGGAUGUUCAUCCAGGGCCCUUUCUACUCUGUUGGCUCAUGUUACAGUUGUAGUUUUGUUUUUUGGGCCAUUGAUUUUUUUCUAUGUAUGGCCUGCUCCUUCAAUACAUGUAGAUAAAUUUCUAGCUAUAUUUGAUGCAGUUUUGACUCCCUUUCUAAAUCCAGUUAUCUACACAUUGAGGAACAGAGAUAUGAAGAUGGCCAUCAGGAAAGUGUUUUGUAAACGUCUGGCCUUUAGAAAAUCAAUGUAG